AAAAGAGGCACCUCACACCGGUGGCACGGGCCAUCGAUUCAUUCGGUUUCCUCCUCUGCCCUCCCCACCGCGGCUGCUGCGGCGACCCAACCCCACCCGCCGCCCCCUCCUCGCCUCCGACUCCCGCGCCGUCGCCGUCCAGAGCUAGGCUUCCGGGCGGCCGCGACCAUCUCCCCGCUUCCCCCGCGCCGGCGCCUCGGUUCUCGCUGCCGGAGUCCUCGUCCCCGUCGGCGAUCAGGCCGGCCCCGGAACCCUAGGGUUUCGCUGCAGCAGGAAUGAUGAGUCAUCAACAGCAAAUGGUGCCUCCGAGGGCUUCUGUGAAUGGAUUCCCCCAUCGAAAGCUGGACAAGGAGGGUAGUGGAAGGCAUGAAAGUAAAACACAUUUGGUGAAUUCAUCAUCUGGUGGUUUUAGCAGUGCAGAAAAUGGCAGCAAACUAGGGCAUGCAAGCCAUUCGAGGGAUCGGCUAAUCUAUGUUCUAACUCAACUUAUUGGGCAUCAUGUGGAUGUGCAUGUGAAAAAUGGGUCUGUUAUCUCUGGAAUUUUUCAUGCAACGGACUCUGACAAAGACUUCGGAGUAAUCUUGAAAAUGGCUCAGUUCAUAAAGGAUUGUUCUGUCAGAGGACAAAGCUAUGCUGUUGAUGUUGUAAAGAAGCCCGAGACUAUGAUAAUACAAGCAAGGGAGCUUGUCCAAAUUGUUGCCAAGGAUGUAGCACUUGGGGGUGAUGAGCUGCCAAAACGUCCUGGCCAUGACAAAAGGAAAGACUUGCUGAUUGAUUCUGCUAUUUCCCGCACUCAUUAUCCUGAAGAGAGAGAACUUGAGCGUUGGGCACCGGAUGUAGGAGAUUCAGAGUGCAUCGAACUGGAAAAAUAUGACAGGAAGGGGAAUAGGAGCUGGGACCAGUUCGAAACAAAUGCAGCUUUGUUUGGAGUAAAGAGUACUUUUAAUGAAGAAAUUUAUACCACAAAGCUUGAGAGAGGUCCUCAUAUGAGAGACCUUGAAAAGCAUGCUUCAAGAUUAGCUAGAGAAAUAGAGGGAGAAGAUACCAAAGAUAUUCAUCUUGCUGAGGAAAGGGGCUUACAUUUGGGUGAUGACUUGGACCAUGAUGAAGAGAUAAAAUAUUCAGCAGUACGAAGAGACACUGAUAACAGCAAAUACAAGCCAUUUACAAAUGUCCCAAGCAGUACACAUCAUGUUAAUUCACUUAACAGGACAGGCAACAUCGAUCCCAAGGAUUCACUGGCAUGUUCAUCAACAAAGGAUGAAGAAUCAUCUUCCUAUAUAUUUCAUGAUACUAAUCCAUCUGCCACUAUCCAAACAAAAAAUGUUAGCCAGCUAACAUCUGAUUACCAGUCAACUAAGCCCUUGCCCACUGAUGAAAACAGGUUGGAUAAUAAGCUCAGCAAAGAUAGUAAUGACAACAAGGACAACAGGAAUUUGCAACGUGAGAAUACUUUAUCUGAAGGAGUUAAACCGCUGAUUUCCGAAGAUUUGGAUGGUCCACCUUCAAGUUCGCAUGCAUAUGAACCCUCAUCUUUUGGUCAUGGAUUCAAAUCCCCAGAUGGUGCAACACCUGAUUCAACAGCAUCUGUCAAACAUCCUUCUGCGGUGGAACCUGUGAAUUCCUCUCAGAGACCUGGUAGUUCCACAUCAUCAACAUCAGAGCGUAUUGCUGCAAACUCAGUUGCGAGUGCUCCUGGCUUAUCGCCAAGCUCUUCAAUGGGAUCUCUUACCUCAGAAAAAUCAACUUUGAACCCAAAUGCUAAGGAAUUCAAGCUAAAUCCUAAUGCCAAGAGUUUCACUCCAUCACCACCUCUGAGGCCACUGCAUCCUCCAGUGUCCGAUGGAUCAUACUACUAUGCUAAUAACAUGCCGACGGCACCUCUUGGACCUAGUUUAUCAGCGGGCAUGGGGUUCCCACCAGCAUAUGGUGGCCAGCCUAUCAUGUAUAAUACUCAACCUGGAACUUCCCCCCAGGGUUACAUGCAUCCUGCUGUGCCACAGUAUGGGCAGCAGAUGAUGAUUGGGCAGACUCGUCCUGUUUAUUAUUAUGCACCUGAGAUGCCACAAUACAGAGGAAGAAAUUUCUAGAUAGACUAUUGAACUGCUACUGGAUGGAAGUCGCAGCAAUCCCCAUUUGUGGGAUUAUAACCAGGUCAAACCGCUAUUAGAAAGGAAAGAACUGGCGAUGAUCUCUGAUCAACUUGCAUGUGUUACUUGGACUAAGCUCAUCAUUGUUCUACAACAGUAUUAAAGCCCGAAGCAGGUUAACUGGAUUUUAUUAUUAUUGUCCUAUGAUGUUGUAAAUUAAAUUGUGGGUCAUCUGUUCGACCCAGAAAUGAUAUUCAUAAAUGUGUGACCUGGUUAUAUUUAUGUUUUCCUUCUGCUUGUAAUAUUUAUGUUUAUGUUUUCCUUCUGCUUGUUCUGAUUUAAGAUUUGAAUUGAAUUCUGAGAGCUUAAGUAGAUUGAAUUGCUGACC